AUGAAAAUUUAUUCCUUCAUAAAUAAUUUUAUUUUAAUUAAUUUAUUGUUAAUAGAUAGGCAAUUUUAUUAGAUCAUACAAAGGAUCUAUCAGAUGUAAUCCUAUCAUAUCUUCCAUAAGGCUAGGAAUUUAUUAAAAAAACAAUAAAUCUAUUCCCAGAAACAUUACUUAUAAUCAAAUUAUGGAUUAAAUCAAUUGUAUGGACAAGGGAAAAACAGAAGAUUAUGGUUUGGAGAAGAAGCCCUAUUGAUGGAAACUAUUAGAUUAUACAUUGAUAAGGUACUAUAAAAUCCUAGAUUAAUGAUGCAUGGUGUUGCAUUCAAUUUAUUAUAAAUCAUAACAAUAUCAGAAUUGAUCGAAAUAACAAAUUAUAAAUUGUGUAUGCUUUAAUUGGAAUGUCAUAGGAAGAUGAUGAUAACAAGAUCCAGAUAUAGUGGUAAUAAAGAAUUUAAUAAGAAAAAUUGA